AUGGUGCACAUUGCCGAAGGCUCCUACUGGAUCUAUGCUCCAACCAAAGGUGUCUCCAUCGCCUUUGCGGUGCUUUUUUUCAUUUCCUUUGUACUCCAUAUCUGGCAGAACAACCUAAAGUAUAGGUCCUGGAGAAUCGGUUUUCUCCUUCCCUGGGCCGCCGCACUCUUCAUCGCAGGAUUUGGCCUUCGCGAGCGUGGGGCAUACGACUUCGGGAAUCUGGGCGUAUACAUUGCCAGCACGGUCCUUUUGUUCAUCGCUCCUCCAGUCUACAAUGGCGCCAACUACUUCGUUUUCGGGAGACUGUUGUACUACCUCCCAUACCUCUCACCACUCCAUCCUGGACGAGUGUGGACGACCUUUGUCGCUCUCGAUAUGGUGGACGGGGUGAUAGCUGGGAUCGGCGCGUCUUAUGCGGCUAAUGCGAAAAACAGCGCGUCCACCAUCAACACCGGCAUCAUUCUUGGCAAAGUUUCCCUGUUCCUUCUGCUGGCCAUGGCUCUAGGGUUCAUAUCUCUCGUCGUCAUUUUCCACCGGCGAUGUCUAGCAGCCGGCGUCUUCAACUACAAAACCAAGGUCAUCAUCUACGAGCUGUACGCAUCCUGCUUCCUUAUACUCAUUCGCAACACCUUUCGUACUGCGGCGUUCUUCUAUGGACCCCUCUCGCCAGCAAAUGACGAUGAGGUCUUGUUUUGGGUACUCGAAGCCCUUCCAAUGUUGGCAAACACUUUCCUCCUGAACAUGUAUCCACCUGCAAAAUACCUCCCCGCCAACCAUAAGAUCUACUUAGCCGUGGAUGGUCAAACAGAACUUGAAGGACCAGGCAUGGUGGACAACAGACCCGUUUUGUUGACACUCUUUGAUCCCUUCGAUAUCGCGGGACUGGUGACGGGGGCCGACAACAAAAACAAAUUCUGGGAGAGCGAUGGUAUCGGUGGACCAAGGAACUCAGUCACUGGCCUGGACGACCUGGCAAGGGAAAGAGAUGUCGAAGGAGUACCAGCCAAAAGGUGA